ACGUUUGCCACUCCGUAUGUUCACUUAUUUCAUUCGCGCCUCAUAUCCUCAUAUACUCCCGAGGCUUGGAACUUGGCUUUCUUUCCACCCUGGCAACUUUUAUUUUCCACUCGGCAUUACAUAGGCUCCAAAAAACCGACUGUUCAUAUUCGAUCUACGAUCGCGGCAAUUCUUACUCGCAAACAAAACUUGCCGACCAUGGACACGUCCGGAGAGGCCAGACGCGAGGCCUCGUCAAACUCUACCAAAAGAGAAUCAAGACUCUUGCAGUGGCCUCCACAAAGGCUCAAGAAUGGUCUAUCGAAACCAUCAGAACUUCUGCUUGGUAUCUUUUCUUUACUCAUGGUGAUUGUUAUUAUGACAUACAUCGGUAUCUUGCUCCUAAAUGAUGGCCGAGACAUAGAGAGUCUCUCGACGAUGUGGAAGUUCGCUAGCGAAUUUUCCCGGCUCGGCCCUACGGCGGUACCCUUGAUGUUUGCCUUCGUCAUCGGCAGGGCUGUCAGGAGCUAUGGGCAUUGGAGACUCCAAAGAGGAGAGCGCAUCGGGACCUUAGACAGCCUCUUCGGGUCGACCACAUUGACCGGCACGAUCACCACUAUAAUCGAUCUGAAGAGGAUCGGGGGCUUAGGAGGCUUGCUAGUGGUCAUUUGGUCCCUGUCGCCACUGGGAGGACAAGCAGCACUUCGAGUCCUGACUCCGCGGGUCGAGGAAAUAUCGUUUCUCACGACCUUGCCAUACCUAAAUAAUACUGUCGUCGGGUUCCCUUCGAGAUACAUGGCGGCGGGGAUGGCAGGUCAACAGAUUCCCAUCAACGCGUUGGUCCUGGGGUCACUUGGGGCUACGGAUGAAGUCAAAAACUCAAGCACAGAUACAUGGGGCAACAUCAAAAUCCCGAUGAUCGAGCACUUUUCGCAUUAUCCUCAGGUCAAGAGCAAUGAAUGGGUUCUGCUGGACCAGAACCAGAACGAAGUUGUGUAUUCAGCAAUUAUCGGAAUUCCCGUCGCCAAUAUUUCUCGAAGACACAGGUCGGACUUCAUUUUAGAGACUUCAUAUCUGAAGUUAGACUGCACUGAGCUUCGCAAUUUCACAGGAAACAUCUCCGAGGCGGUGGACCCCAAGCGCAAAGGAUGCGCUGAGAUUGACGGCUUGAUCGGAAGCACCUGCAAUUACAAAUUCAAAUGGGGAGGACUUGCCACUGUUCCCUACCCAUAUGGGAUGCAAAACGCAUCACGAUCGUAUGAGCGCUGUACUGAGCCUCGAGUUGCAGCUAGGGGCUUGCAUUACUGGAACUAUGAAUCUUACAAAGGAAGAGGUGGGUAUACACUUGCCAAAUGUUCUAUGACCACGUCAUUCGUCGACGUUCGCGUCUCGUGCUUAGGGUGGAACUGCAAGGCUGUGGCCGUACGACCGUCUGCGUCAGCACCAAACGUAUGGCAGCAUACAAACAGAACCUUCUUCGACAGCUGUCCCCUAGAACUCGUUGGUACAUGGAGUUGGUUCUUUAAGUACUUCGAGACUAUAGCUGACAGCAAUACCGGGGGAGUAGGCUCGACCAGUAUCAUACAGUCGUUCUUAGUCGAUCCUGAUUUGGGGCUGAACGUUUCAGCAGCAUGGAGCCUCCCACCGAUCUACGAGGUGGGGAAAGAACUGUUUUCGGUCCGCCUGGGCCAGCUUCUGAACACCUACUGGUGGGCUAUGAUAGGCACGGAGCUUUUGUUCUUGGGCCAUCCCGAGAACUACGACGACUUGUCAAGAUGGGACAGGGGAAUUGAUGGUGACAAUUAUGUGAUUGCAAAGGCCCAGGCUACUGUAUACGUAAACGUACAGGUCCUCCGAUAUAACAAAGCCUGGAUGACGGUUCUUAUUGUGGCAACUUUGGUGUUGCUACUUACAACAGUCUUGGAUUUUGCGCUGAGCCUGAAAAUUUGGGUCCCUAAGCUUCUCAUGAACAUAUCAACUUUGACGAGGGGCAACCCAAACUUCGACGUGCCGGCUGGCGGCGGAGCGCUGCCCGAUGAGGCCAGGGCUAAGCUUUUGGCCAACGUCAAAGUUAGGUUCGGAGACGCUGAAGGUGUCGAUGAGUCCCAUGAUCUUGUCAUUGGAAAUUGUGUGGAGCAUGGGGGUCGCGUGUCUAAAUUGAUGAAGGGGAAACUUUACACUUGA